AUGUCUAGCUUAACAUUAUCAGCUAGAACAAUCGAGAUGCCCUUGUCACUACCGACUCCGUUCGUGCCUAUGAACGCAAUCUCAUCACAAACAUAUAUAGGAACUAAUGAAAAUAAUCAUCUGCCACCGUUAAAAUCGGGUAAUUAUGCACCCAAACAAGGCGAAUCACCACCAAGUCAUCUCACUCACUCGAGCCACAGUGGUAGCACUCAUUUACCUAGUUUAGGAUCCAGUGCUAAUAACAGCUUACAGAAUUUAACUAGUAAUUCGGACAGCCUCAAUUUGAGCCUUAGUUCUCAUGUCAGUCACAACACCCACAACACAAGUCACAAUAGCCAUUCGCAGCAAUCAAAUAGCAGUCAGUCAAACAGCCCGAUGAUAAAAAACGGGCGUUCUGAAAGUAAUUCCAACAAGACUAUACCGAAAAUGGCAGUCUCACCGGAGAUUGUCGUGAAGCUUUAUUUGAAUAAAUUAACGUCCUCUAAAGGCUAUCCGAGAUAUUGCAAAGCAACGACCACUACUCACGGUACGACAUUGUUACACGGAGGAGUCUCGCGACGUGGUAAAAUUCGUGGCCCACCAGGAUCUAAGGAUCUAAAAGAGGCGCUCAAAAAUUGUGAGGAUCCACUGUUUUUGGAUUUUAUACGAAAGUGUUUGCAGUGGGAUCCGGAACAGCGGAUGACACCCAGCAAGGCACUUCGACACGCAUGGCUAAGAAGAAGAUUGCCCCGACCACCCGAUGAGAAGGUAGAUGUUGUUACUGGGCACUCGGUACAGCCAACGACAGCCGCAGUGACGACAUCCGGUAGCCGUAGUUCUAGUAAAACAGCCCACGGCUCAGCUGGACUAUCCAGCAAGUUACGUGAGCUGAAUGACCAGAGAUCCUCGACAAUUCAAUCACGACACCCUCAGCAGCCUUCAUUGAGCCAUCCAGUAGUGUCCUCAGUCAGUGGUGGUCACUCAAUAUCAGUAUCCAAUCAUCCUUCAUUAACGCAAUCAAACCAUCAGUCUCUAAACGCAGUUUCAGCGCACAAACAUCAACAAUUGCACUCACACAACGGCUCUUCGCACGACAGCCACAGUUCACAUGGAUCUUCUGGGUCAAGUAGAUACGUGGUUAGUAAAGAGAUAACAUUGGUAGAUCCUUGGCGGUAA